AAUGAAGACAACGCUAGUAGCGCAGGCUUACCCGCAGGAACAAGAGCUGGGGCUUUAAGAACAAGCUUCGAUGCAGCGCGCGGCAUGGACCUAGGAGAUAUCACUGGCGAUGAUGCUCCUGGGACUGCCCAAGAGUCUGAACAAGACAGUGGCAUUAGUGGACAGGGUCGACAGAUUCGUAAACGCGAUGCGGUGAUGAUUGGAUCGGUAACUAAGGAGGAGCACGCGAAACGUCUGGCUCAGAUCAAGCGCAAGUACCUUAGCGGUUUCCACGACGUGAACGACAAGCAGGAGGCGAGGCGGAUGCAGCGCAAAAUCGAACUAACACAGUUUGCGGAGCGCAACCAUAUGCACUUGUACGACCUCACGAUAGAUGACUUGAUCGACGAAUAUCCGGAGCCGGUCGAAUCGGCCAUGCCGGAGACCCUUGCUGCAAAUCCUGAUACCAAUUUCUACCUUUACGUCGACGCUGCGACUGGACAAACGCCUCACAACGCGGCAACAUUUUUCUCGUACGAUCGGUAUGGCGCUGUCAGUAAAAUUGCAGGCGGUGGCGUGAAUAAACAGAUAAGAUCGGCACCCGUAGCGACCACAGUUGCUAGUUUUUCACCUCCUAGUGGAAAGUUCAAGCCCGAUAACAACGCAGAGCCUGCGUGGCGUAAAAUUCCAUUACAGAAGGAUAUGUGGCGCACGUUGAAGCACUUCGACUGGCGCUUUGUCGGCAAGAAAGUGAGGAGAAAAACAACACGUUCAAAAGCACACUCUACUAAGGUUGCCGAACCCGAUGAUGAAUAUACGCGGGUGGAGGAAGUGAUCGGCUUCAUUCCGGACGUGAUCGAUCAAGGAUCCUGCGGGAGCUGUUUUGCAGCAGGCUUGACAGGUAUGGCGACCGCUCGCUACUGGAUCAAGUAUCCGGAGACCAAGGGCGACUUCGAACUGCUCACUCCUCACAUGCUGGAGCAACAUGCUACCAUCGCAGGUCGUGUGGACGCGGUUCCAGAGGCCGCGCGUGGUCCGAAGAACCCCUUUGCCGGUGCCUCUUCUCGGCAUCAGGACAACCUACAGCAGCAAGCGUGGCUCCUGGAUGACGCCGGAGAAGGUCGCACCAGGCGGUUUUUCCAGCGUUUUGCUAUGGAGCAGCAAACCGAGGCUGUGGACUACAACCAAGGUUGCGGCGGCGGGGACCCUAUGCUCGAAGCGUUGUGGCUCACGGAGUUUCCGGGUGUGACCGAUUUCUGCUGGUUGGUUCUGCGGGCAGAGGGGGACGACGCGAAACGGCUCGAACUGCAGCAAACGCAUCCCGCCUGUCGCAGACAGUUCCAGGUUACUUCGUUCCAGUACAUCGGGGGCGCAGUGGGCGCAUGUGGUUUGAGCAGUAUCUGCGAAGAACUGAUGAUGCGAGAGCUCUUCCAGAACGGACCUUUGUCAUUGGCGAUAGAUAUGCAGCACACGGUGACCGCUGCAGAUGGCAGCGAUAACGCAGAGAGUGAUGCUCUACACCGUGGCACGACAGGAAGCAAAACGCUAACGGACGAACACGACACUUCUCUAGUGAUGUUCAAGGAUCGCGAGACGCUGUCAUUGGCUAGAGAGCGCACGGACGAGGAAGACGACCCGAAGCACUACGCGUGGCAGCGCGUGGAACAUGCUGUGCUGCUCAUUGGUUGGGGCGAGCGUGGCGACGAACGGUGUCGAACCCGGCUUCACGUGGCAGAGGACAGCGAACGGCAGUGCGAAGAAGCUUCCUAUGACCGCAAACGCUGCGCGCAGCUGAAUUUCUGUCGCUUCUCGGGAGAAACGUACUGGAUCAUACAAAACUCGUGGGGCGAACACUGGGCUGAUGAAGGAAUCGCGAGGUACAGUCCUCGCGGACAUAUGGCGGCAAACAGCGAAUUUGCUCCAUUCGUUGUUGAUGUCAAAGCCGUCUCGCAGAAGAUUCGCUAUGUUGGAAUUGAUGACGGGCUCGAGGAUGAGGAAGACGAUGACCUGUAACCUUUGUUCUUCAAUAGACUCAAAAUUAAUUAUAUCCGAGGAGCAGUCUGGGAGAUUAUCAAUAUAUUUUUUUGUUGUUGAGGUACAGCUCCUACAGAAAUAUUAGCACGCCCAUAUUUAAAUUGUCAUUGUUUGACUGUGUUGUCGUUAAAACCCAUAUUGAUGUUUGUUGCAUCUGCGUUUUCCGUUUUGAUUGUCAAAUAGUUAUAUCGGUGGAAUCAUCAAGAAUUGUAGUGAUCAAGAUUUGAAUCUUCGCUUCCAUUAUAAUAGAUGCGUUGGGUGUAUCAGGAUCCGGAUCCCCAACACCCCGAUGCAGGAUAACCCAACUCCGGAUGCCCCUUACGCUUACCCAUAAGAUGGAGGAGACAAUCACAAUGUUCGUGUUGCAGUGUUUUACUUUAUUCGCAUACUCAUGUGUUGAGGAGGUUGAGCAGUUUGACCUUUGUGCGCCCGGUUAUGCAAAAUGCCGUGAG